AUGUUUAACUACUUGUUAGAUACAAUAGCUAAACUUCUACAUUCACAUCCAUUAACUUUGUCUGGUAAUUCACGGAGUUUAUAUAAUCCAAUCAUUGAAAUUUAUGCUGAAAACAACCAAUCACCAUCUAUUGAAAUGAAUGCAGAAACUAUGAUACCAUGGAAUAAUGUACCAGGAUUAAAUUAUCAGAAUGAAAGACAAAUUGUUCCGUAUGUGAACCAUGAAAGUCAUUCUGGUUCUAGUAAUAAUAAUGAUAAUAAUAAUCAAAACCAUCCAUCAGUUUAUGGGUGGAGACGACAGAUUUUCGAUCCUAUCUCACAUAAUACAGCAUGGAUAGAACAUCAUCUCAGACAACGUAUACAACGUUACAAACAAUGGUUAUCACCAAAACAAUGGAAACAAUUUUUAACAGAUGAUUCUACAACUAUUGGCAGUCGAAUGAAUGCACCGGCUAAAUUUAAUCUUGCUUUAUUUGAAGCUGCAGUGGUUGGUGUAAGACGUGCAGUAGCUGAAUGUCGUUAUCAGUUUCGGCAUGAAAGAUGGAAUUGUAGUCAAGUGCUUGAUGAUGAAACUGCUUUAUUUGGAAACAUUUUACUGAAAGGUAUACCACAAACUGCAUUUAUUUAUUCAAUUAUCAAUGCUGGAAUAGUUCAAUCUGUAGCUGAAGCAUGUUUAAAUCAAAUCGAUAAUUGUCCAUGUAAUAAUCGAGGUAGACAAGAACCAUUUUCAGAUUGGCAAUGGCAAGGAUGUGAUCAUAAUAUUCAUUAUGGUAGAAGAUUUUCACGACGUUUACUCGAUACAAUGGAACGUGGUUCACAUAUAAGAUUUGAAAUGAAUUUACAUAAUAAUGGUGUCGGUCGACAAUUAGUUAUUAAAAACAUGGAACGUUACUGUCGAUGCCAUGGGACAAGUGGAUCGUGUACCUUAAGAACCUGCUAUCGAAGAACACCACGAAUGAGAACACUUGGAACUUUGUUAAAACAUAUAUAUGAUCAUGAUUUAGUACAAGUUAAAUUAGAUUCCAGUAGUCUGCGAUCGACCCGUAAUACUUACAAAGAUAAACAAGAGACCUCUUCUUCUACAUCAAAUCAUUUUAAACAUUCAUAUUUAGAUAAAGCUAUCAAAUUUAUACCUUAUCAGAAAAACAUAAAAAAACAAUUAACCCCAAUAUUAUCAUCUAUAUCCAAUGACUAUUAUGAUAGAAACGUCAAUAAUGUAAAGAAACCUCCCAAAAAAUCCAAUUUGAUUAUUAUAAACCCAACAAAAACACCAACUAUUCAUUCAUCCAUGUUAAUUAAAUCCAAUGAAUUAAUGAAUCAUUCAAUACAUCCACAUUUAUCUCAAUUAGUUUAUUAUGAAUUAAUAAAUGAGAAAUUGUUUUGUCAUUCAAAUUCAUUUUAUCAUAUAUUAGGUACAAAAGGUCGUUUAUGUAAUUCAUCUUCAAUUUAUAUGAAUAAUUGUCAUCAUUUAUGUUGUGGUCGUGGUUAUAUAACACAUCAUUAUUAUAUCAUGGAAUCAUGUCAUUGUAAAUUUAUAUGGUGUUGUCGUGUUGAAUGUCAACAAUGUUUAGUAUUAAAAAAAGUAGAAACUUGUAUUUAA